AUGUAUAAAAUGGAAUAUUCUUACCUCAAUUCCUCUGCCUACGAGUCCUGUAUGGCCGGGAUGGACACCUCGAGCCUGGCUUCAGCUUAUGCAGACUUCAGUUCCUGCAGCCAGGCCAGUGGCUUCCAGUAUAACCCGAUAAGGACCACUUUUGGGGCCACGUCCGGCUGCCCGUCCCUCACGCCGGGAUCCUGCAGCCUGGGCACCCUCAGGGACCACCAGAGCAGUCCGUACGCCGCAGUUCCAUACAAACUCUUCACCGACCACGGCGGCCUCAAUGAGAAACGCAAGCAGCGGCGCAUCCGCACCACCUUCACAAGCGCGCAGCUCAAAGAGUUGGAGAGGGUCUUCGCUGAAACACACUACCCCGACAUCUACACCCGGGAGGAGCUAGCGCUGAAGAUCGACCUCACCGAGGCGAGAGUCCAGGUGUGGUUCCAGAACCGUCGGGCCAAGUUUCGAAAGCAGGAGCGCGCCGCCGCCGCAGCCGCCGCCGCAGCCAAAAACGGCUCCUCCGGGAAGAAGUCGGACUCCUCCCGGGAUGACGAGAGCAAAGAAGCCAAGAGCACCGAUCCCGAUAGCACUGGGGGCCCGGGACCCAACCCCAACCCGACCCCCAGCUGCGGGGCAAAUGGCGGCGGCGGCGGAGGGCCCAGCCCAGCCGGAGCUCCGGGCGGCGGGCCUGGGGGGCCUGGAGGCGAACCCGGCAAGGGCAGGGCGGCUGCGGCUGCUGCUGCAGCGGCGGCGGCGGCAGCGGCGGCUGCGGCCGCGGCGGCCGGAGGCCUGGCUGCCGCCGGGGGCCCCGGACAAGGCUGGGCUCCCGGCCCGGGCCCUAUCACCUCCAUCCCGGAUUCGCUUGGAGGUCCCUUCGCCAGCGUCUUAUCUUCGCUCCAAAGACCCAACGGUGCCAAAGCCGCCUUAGUGAAGAGCAGUAUGUUCUGA